AUGGUUUUAGGUGAAGUUUCUGGUUUGUCAAAGUCACGUGUACAUGAAUUAAGACAGUUUUUCAAGAUUGUUGACAGAGACAAAACAGGAAAAGUUUCAGAAGAGAAAAUAAUACAUAUGUUGAAUGCUAUAGGGGUACAAUUAACAAAAAGAGAUAAACUGGCGAUAAGAGCAGAAUCUAAUGAGAGAGGUUUCUACACUGAAGAAGAUUUAAUUAAAAUCGGUGAGGUCGUAUAUAAUGAUAGAGUUAUUGCUAGAGACUUAGUUGAGUCAUUGCAGUCAAUCUCCGAUGGAAAGGACACAAUAAGUUCCACCGAAUUGAGAAAACAUCUUCUAAAUAUUGGAUCAAUAAUUAAAUUAACACCGGAAGAGGUGAACUGUAUACUGAGUGACAUUGGAGAAAACAACAUAAACAUCUACGAUUUUGUAUCUUAUUGUAUUUCUGAAUAA